AGCAAUUUUUUGCCGCCCUCCCGGCUCCUGCACCCGAAUUUUUAAUUAUCAACAAUCAAAAAACCUAUGCAAAAACAUGAGUGGCUACUUGGAGAAUAUUAGUCAAUUUGCUAAAAUACGCCACGAUUGGCUUAUGGCAGGUUUAGAUAACGAAGAUCCAGAUUCCAAAAUGAGAAAAGAUUAUCUUGCAGCCAAACCAUUGUCACCUCGAGAAUCUGGUGAAUUUAUUGUACAAAAUGCAAAGUACAUAAAAGUUCAUCAAUCAGGAAUUGACAAAUUAACCGAGAUAAUAAUCAAAGGCAUUCAAUCAAAAGAAAUUGAUGUCAGUAACUUCUCACAGCAUGAAUUGCAUCCAAAACCAACUGAUAAACAUGCUGCCAAUUGGAUUUUAGUUGUUGACACACUCAACUAUUGUUUCUGGACACCCACAAACUAUACCAAGUACAAAGUAAAUGGAUACACUGGCUACUUUGCCCUCUGUGCUGCCAUCAACCGUGCUAUGGAAGAAGGCAUUCCCAUUACCGAUCCACACUACUAUUCUAAAAUUGACCAAACUACUCUGGAGUAUAUCCUGAGAUCAGACGAUGGUGAAACAUGUAUUCCUCUGCUGAGAAAUCGAGUUGAUUGUCUACAAGAAGUUGGUAAGAUUCUGGUUGCUGUCUAUGAUGCAAACUUCGAAAAGAUGAUCAAACUUGCCAAAAAGUCUGCUGAGAAACUCCUCGAAUUGAUAGUCGGAGAGUUUAUCUGCUUCCGAGACACAGCUCAUUUUGAAAAAAAAUAUGUUUCUCUCUACAAAAGGGCUCAAAUUUUAGUUGGGGAUAUCUGGUCUUGUUUUGGCGGGAAGGGACUAGGAGAGUUCCAUGACAUUGGGAAGAUAACAAUGUUCGCCGACUACCGUGUGCCUCAGGUACUAGUCCAUUUUGGGGCCCUGGAAUACACAGACGAACUAAUGGAGGUAUUGAAGAAGGAUACGAUUCUUGAGAACGGCGAUCGUAUGGAAGUUGAAAUCAGAGGAGCUUCCAUCAACAUAGUAGAGCGAGUUAAAGACGCUGUUUUGCUAGAUUUGAUGAAAAACCACCCGGAGCUUUCCAAAGAUAAUGUCAAUUCGAUUCUAAUCGACCAAUACCUUUGGGAUUAUAGACGACAACAUGCAGAGGAGUUGGAGAAUAUUCCAUUUCAUAAAGUCGAAAACAUUUAUUACUGA